AUGUCGCCGUGUCUCUCCGUCAAACGCUCUUCAUCUUCACUACCCAAUUCGCACCUGGAACGGGACCUCCAUUCUCAUCCACCGCCGUCACUGGGUAAGUCUCAUCUACUCCCUUUUUCGGAGGGUGGGUUCGCUUUGCCGUCGAUGUGUUUGCGAAAUUGCCUCAACGGACUUGGAGCUGCAGGGACUUCGCCAGGCGGCACUUCAAGAUCGAACCAGGCGGUCUCGCCCACGUUCAAUCUCAGCCAGGAGUACGCUCUCGCUCUUCAGACCGAUUCCUAUAACGAGAUUCGCUCGGCACUUUACGAUCUUGAAUGCAGUGAGGAAGUUUGGAGCGAGUCGACCCAGGAGCGGGUGCUGCUUCGCGUUCUGCAACCGAAUAGGGAAUGCGUGGGGGAGGCGCUCAGGCAGGCCAAGGACAAUGCGCUUACCCGAUUAGUCUCUGCAUACUUUGACCACAGCGAGAAAAUAUCCAACCUCUGCCUUUCGCUUUACCGAAAAGUGCACGUCGCCAGUGUCAUGUACUCUCCUCUUAAGGAUCUCCUCGAAGUGCUUCCUCUUGAUGCGGAUUUGUUUACAAAAUCACAUUGCGACAGGGUUUAUGAUGUCUUUGUCCAAUUUGACCGCCAUGACAACCCCUUACCUUCCCCUGACUCCCAUUACUUCAGCGAUGUUCGUAAUUGCUUUUCACAGCUAGAACAACAGCUGGGCCAUAGAUGUCGGAAGUCCAAAUCGAGAGUUAAAUUUGUUCGCCGUGCCAUUGCAGGGUCUGCACUUUGUCUCUUUGGCACUGUAGUUGCUGCUGUUGCAUCUGCCAUUGGUGUCACAGCCCAUGCUCUCAUUGCAUUUGUUAGUGCUCCAUGCUUGACGAUGUAUCUUCCACAUGACAAAUUCUUAAAGAAAGAGCUUUCCAAUGUUGCUCAACUUGAUGCUGCUGGCAAGGGUUGUGCUCUCAGGCAUGACUUGGACAGUAUUCAUAUGCUUGUCAAUGGUUUGCAUUCUGCUAUAGAGAGUCACAGAAAAUCGAUCCGGGAUCGAUUGGAGAGAGGCACGGAUAAAAAUCCGAUACUAGAUGUGGUGGAAAAGCUCCGCAAGGACCAUGAUAAGUUCCUUCCUCUGCUAGAUGAUCUCAAAAAUCAUAUAGGCCUAUGCUUGAAGUAUGUUAACGGGGGCAGAAAAUUUCUCCUUGAAGAGAUUACCUUCCAUCGUUCUAUUGCUUCCUGA